AAAUUACAAAAGUACGGUUACUCAAUCCAGAGAUGGCAAAGUUUAUUAAAAAUGUCCCAGCCGUUCCGAAAAUCGUGGAAAAUCAAUGUGUAGAAUUUUUCAAAAGAGCUAACACUGUUUUGAAACUUAUUGAAAAAGCUUCAAUAAAUGACGUAUUUGAGGAAUUAAAAAGUCGACACUUAGAUCGGAAUGAGAUGUAUUUCAAUCUUUUGAGGCCAAUUUUCUCACAAUUACAUCUCUCAUUUAGAAGCUGGACAGAACUUUCAUUAGUUGAAUGGACACGAUACAUUACUACAAAGCAUGAACUGAAAAAUGAUCCGAUUCUUGCCGAGAGAUUUAUAGGUGUCCUUUCAAAAAAUUUUAAAAAAAUAGAAAUGAGAGAUCGAUCCACUAUAUGUCAAUUAAUGCGUCAAGUUGAAUGCAUUCCAACUAGAUGUGGAGUGAAAAAGCCUUCAGAAUCAUAUUUUCCAGAAGUUACGCUAUUUUCGAACUUACCAAAUGUUACCAUAGAAGUUAACGAAGAAUUUUUCACUAUGAUGGAAAUACGUAAGCAUGUGGAUCUUAAGCUUGUUUUUGAUCGACUUGUCAAUAGCAACAAUUUGAAUCAUAUGAAGCUUGUAGAAUAUUUCACCAAGCAUGAAUGUGAUCUUAAAAGUGCCGAAAUAGAGACAUUGAAAAAGACUGCAAUUUGGUUAAAAGAGAAUAAUAAGUCAGAGAUUAAUGAACUAAAUUAG